CAGAAACCUCUUAGUAUGUCAGUAAGCCAGACACAGCCCAGACCACCACACAGGGUGGAAGAGAAGGAGAGCGAGUCAGAGACAGAGAGUUCUAGGCAAGUGAUGAGAGCACAGUGACUACUUGUCAUUUUAUCUCUCAUUUGGUGAUGUCAGCAGAACUCAGUCUACUAGACAGAAGCUUGACUGAGUUGAUGGAAACGGGUGCCAUUUAUCUUCAGUAAAACAACCCUGAGAAGUUUGGAGAAACUCCUGAGAAGAAGAGAAGACGGAUCUUUAUCACACUUUUGAAUAGAGUUUCAGCCCUGGUCUAAUCUUGUGCGUUGUGAUUCUCAUAGAAGAGGUAGUGAGAUUCUUCUUCACCAUGACAGGCAGAGUGCAUCUCCUGAUUCUGGCUCUUCACCUUGCCCCGCUGAUGGUACAUGUAUCAGCCUGUCCCCCAGGAUUCUCUACAAAGGGGAAAGAUUGCAUUGAUGAGAAUGAGUGUAAUCCUCCUAGUGAUGAAUAUAACGAUGACCCUGAAACACCACAAAUCUGUGGUGAGAAUGCAGCAUGCAUCAACACUGAAGGAAGCUUCUACUGUCAAUGUGCUCCUGGGUUCAGAUCAUCAUCACAGCGGAUUAACUUCACAGCUGUCUUACGUGAAACAUGUAUAGACAUCAACGAGUGUUUGGAGAAGGCCACCUGUGGUCCCAAUGCCGAGUGUCACAAUGUGUUAGGGUCAUACUCCUGCAUCUGCAAUGAGGGGUUUGUCUCCAAUACUGGAGUGGAAAGAUUUAUAUUUGGCCAAGGAGUCACAUGUAAAGAUGAGAAUGAGUGUAAUCCUCCUAGUGAUGACUAUAACGAUGACCCUGAAACACCACAAAUCUGUGGUGAGAACGCAGCAUGCAUCAACACUGAAGGAAGCUUCUACUGUCAAUGUGCUCCUGGGUUCAGAUCAUCAUCACAGCGGAUGACCUUCUGAUUAGAGAAUGUAUAUGUUUAAAGGUAAUGACUAAACAAUUCCACCCUGAAACGUAAUUAUGACAUGCAACAUAUAUAAUGAAUAAUUAGACAAACGUAACUAUUAGUAAUUAUUAGAUUCUGUAACAUGUAUAAUGAAUUAGAAUGUUAAACUUCAGUCUAAUAAGGUUUGGUCAAGACAAGUAGAAAUGUGUGUGUGACUAAGAAAAUACCGAGAACAAUUAAACUGUGUAUGACCUGACCUGGCUAGAACUCUGAGAAACUUACGGCAGGAAAGGGAGUUCCAUCAAGGUCCCUCUAAUCUCGGGGGAAUGGAACUGCCAGCUUGGUAGUGAUAAACAGUGGUGAGAACUAUGGGGAAGGAUACAUCCCACCUACUGUUCGUGUGUAUGUAUGUGUGUACGCUAUCUACUGUUUGUGUGUAGGUACUGUAUGUGCGUAAGCAGGGAGGGAGUGAGUUAUAAAAUGAUAUGUUCUUUGUAUUUUGACUUUAGAAUGUUCUCGUGAAUAAACUUUACAGGCCUUUUGCAUUA